GGGGUGAAACAAUAAAUACAACCUAUCACUUUAAAUCUUCAAUCUCUGGUACAGCAGAGAUCAUAAACUGUUAGGUAGUCAAACGAGGGGAAAUAUCAUUAUACACACCUGGGAUAUUCCAGAACAGUGUACUGCUGGUCACUCGUAGAUAUUUAUUACCAAUAAUUCUGUCUACAUAGAUAGGUCUUUCAUAAGGUAAGUAGCCAUCCUCCAAGCUAAGCUAUGAGACCGCUGGCAUGCUACCAGCUAAUGUUAGCUGCAUUGUCUGAUCGAAACCACGACUGCACGCCAGACCGCACUUAAUAUUGUUUACCAAAGAAAUGGUGAUGGAGAAGCCAAGUCCCCUGCUUGUAGGGCGGGAGUUUGUGAGGCAGUAUUACACACUGUUAAAUAAGGCACCAGACUUCCUGCACAGGUUUUAUGGGAGGAAUUCUUCUUAUGUUCAUGGAGGACUUGACCCAAGUGGGAAGCUUGCAGAAGCAGUUUACGGUCAAGCGGAAAUCCACAAGAAGGUCAUGUCCCUGCAGUUCAGUGAGUGCCACACAAAGAUCAGGCACGUGGAUGCUCAUGCCACACUGAGUGACGGCGUGGUGGUGCAAGUCCUUGGAGAACUGUCCAACAAUGGUCAACCCAUGAGGAAGUUCAUGCAAACUUUCGUGCUUGCUCCAGAGGUGAUUCCCUCUGCUUCUGAGUACUGUUGCCAUACAUAUUUGAGAGGUUCAGUGGCCAACAAGUUCUACGUCCACAAUGACAUCUUCCGUUACGAGGAUGAGGUUUUUGGAGACUCUGAAGCAGAGCUUGAUGAAGAAUCAGAGGAGGAAGUUGAAGAGGAGCCGGAGGAGAGGCAGCCGUCACCUGAGCCACUUCAAGAAAGCCCCAACACCACCUACUACGAACCUCACCCUGUCACUAAUGGAGUAGAGGAGCCCAUGGAGGAGCCGGCUCCAGAGCCCGAACCAGAGCCGGAACCAGAGCCCAAGGUAGAAGAAGUCAAGCCUGAAGUCGUUGAGAAGGUUUUGGAAGAGAUGGAGGAGAAAGCCCCGUCACCGGCCCCUGUGGAGUCUCCACCAAACACACAGGAGCCUCCCAAGGCUUUCUCAUGGGCCUCUGUGACCAGUAAAAACCUGCCACCCAGCGGCACCUUAAUGUCCUCUGGAAUGUCCCCCCAUCUUGUCAAAGGUUCAAACUCACAGCUCAGAGUUGAUGCAAAGACGGAUACGCAGACGGCACCCAUCCGACCGAGAGACAGACGUGACAGACCGGCGUUCCCCCCGCGGGGUACCAGGCCUGAUGGUGUUGCACCUUCGGAGUCACAAACGGGGAAACCACCCUUGAGUUUUGUUAACAAAGGUAACCGGGGCGACUCUGAAUCUGGCGACAUGGACAACAGGCGAAUUGUCCGUUACCCUGACAGUCACCAGCUCUUUGUUGGCAACCUCCCACAUGACAUCGAUGAGAGCGAGCUCAAAGAGUUCUUCAUGACAUACGGAAAUGUCGUGGAGCUGCGGAUAAACACCAAGGGCGUUGGUGGGAAACUUCCCAACUUUGGAUUUGUGGUCUUUGACGACUCUGAUCCCGUGCAAAGAAUCCUGGGGGCCAAGGUAGAAGGGCCGAUAAUGUUCCGCGGUGAAGUGCGUCUGAAUGUGGAGGAGAAAAAGACGAGGGCGGUGCGUGAAAGAGAAACUCGUGGAGGAGACGAUCGUCGGGACAUGAGGCGCAGCGACCGGGGCUCCGGAGGUUCAAGAGGCAUCGUGGGAAGUGGGAUGAUGCGCGACGGGAGGGGACCCCCACCCCGAGGCGGCAUGGCCCCCAAACCUGGCAUGGGCUCCGGAAGAGGCUCCGGGGGCCAGGGCGAGGGCCGCUUCACCACCCAGCGCCGCUGAGAAGAGCACCACCCGCAGUGUGGAAGUAGUACCGCGUUCUUCAUCUUCAACCGUUCUCUCGUUAAAGAAAAAGAAAUCUUCAUGUAUAAACGUAUAUAUUUGGUUUUUGUUUUAUUUUUUUAUUUUUUUGUUUCCUCUUUUGCUUUGGAAUGUGACACAGCCUGUCAACUUUUUUAUUUUGUGAAAUAGACAACACAAAAAUAAGCAAACAAAUCUUUUUCGCUUAUUAGUUGUGAGCUGAGCGUCCUUUUCGGGUAUCUCAAGAAUUCACAAACUUUAAUUUGUAAAUUUGUGAAGGAAAAGACGAACCAACCAGGAGCAAUCUGCCACAUUAGGAGGGACUGAUGAGACUUUUAACUACGAUAAUACAGCCCAUCAUUUGGAAAAGAGAUUAUAUGCCUUGACUUAACUGAGGCGCUGCUUCACGAAAUCCCUCUAUUGCACAUUUUAUACGGUAGUUUUCUGCCCGUUACUGUUGGAAAAGGGUGAGAUGCAAAAUGUGUGCAGUUCCAGUGGAAAAGUUUGCCUUUUACUUUUUCCUUUUGAGAGACCACUGCUUAAAAAUUGCAUAAUGCACUCAUCAAUAUGCACUAAUGGGUACUUUUGUCGUAUUACAUAGACAUCCAAGCUCGGAACGCAGCUGGAGAGACCUGUUUUGUCUCAAAGCGACACGACUUUCCGGGGCAGGCCUCGCUCACAUCCUGUCCGCUGUGACCAAUGAACCUUUCACACUUUUGACCCAAAACUACACUUCAAUUACUGCUGGAUGGACAAGAUGACGACGCAAAUCUACAUUAUAUUUUUCCUCAUUUAUAAAUCGAAUGAAAAUAAUAAAAAAAAAGCUUAAAUCCUGGACUUCACCAAAUAAGUCGGGGGGGGGGUGGGGGACAAGAAACGAAGAACAAUAGAAGAGUGGUUGUGAUGAUGGCGGCUCGAUCUGUUUUUUUUAUUUUGAUUCCAAGUUUGUUUUUCUUCAUGUUUUUCCCUGCCAGCUAGACCACGAAACUAGAUGGAUGCCACCUUCCCUGCCUAAGUGCGGAGUAACAGAAUAAAUGUACAGCUAAAAUCAUAGUUUACUGUAUGUUUUGUGUUCUGUAUAUAUUUCUAAUUUCUCUCUCAACUUGAUAAAAGCAUGAAUGGUGCCUUCUAUUUCACCUUUUCCAGUCUUACUAUAGCGGUUCGAGGUGUUCUGCUUCCUAUUAUGGAGCCGCUCAUUUUGAACUAUAUUUCUUUUUGGGAGCGGAUGGGAAAACAUUGCAGUAUUCAUUCACAGGUUUCGAGUUUUUAUUUUCUGGUGCAUAUUUUAUUUUUCCAUACUGUUUUACUACCGAAGAUGAUCUGCUGUGAGUUUUUUUUGUAUAUUUGUUUGUAUUGUGUCUGUUCUGGGUUUUGUAGAGGACAUUAGGGGCAUCCAGAUCUAAACAUAACCCCCCCCCCCGUUAAGGUACAUUAAAGAUGGUGACAGUAAAAUGCUUGUUCCUCGGUUUAAGAAGACAUAGCUAACACAUCCCUGAUUUCAGUCAACUAAGGUCUGCAGUUUGGAAAGAGUUGAUCUAGAUUAUGUUGCUCCUUACUGCUACGUUCCUCAGCAAGCAUCUUGCAAUGCUCCGUGCAGGUGGACUGGCCCUAACCCGCCUACAGACUAGCAAAUAAUGCUCACUUUUCUAGCUAUUAGUGCAUUUUUAUUUUCAUAUCCUGUUCUUAUAUUAUUCAUUUCUUUCUUCCAUUCAAGGCAAUGAUCUAAACGCCACCUUUGUCUUCUCCCUCUUGUCCUCUAGCGUGUUUUCUUUGUACCACUUGGUAGGGAGGGAAGACCUUUUGGUUUCAGCUGGACAGGAAAACAUGACCCACUUUAUUAUUUUUUAUCUUGCACUGAAUUGGGAAGUGAUCGAUGUAGCAUUUUUCUGGACAAAUAUACGAAUGAGGUCUUCCUUGUCUGCUGGUAUUGCACUAUUUACAACAUUUCUGGGACAAUCUCUCGUUUUGAAUACGGUCUCCAAAUUUCUCAUCUGGCAGUAGAAAAAACACAAUUACAUGACAGAAUAUCUGCUCUCAGUUAAAACUACAUGUACAGACAUGGCAUAUUUUAUGUAAUUUGCCACAGUAAUACUCGGCUAUUCUCCCUUUGUAGUUGAAAUCAAGUAUUUUCAGAUGACAUUAGUUUUCAAUAGAGAUUUCUUAAUUUCUUACUAUCAGUCUUUGACCUAAUAUUACAGAAAAACCUUGCUCUUUGAUCCUUGAGUGUUUCUCAUGGGUGCCUCUGCCCCAAAUGUUUAUUUGUCAGGUAAUUGCUUCACUUGAGCACUUCACUGCAAUCCUACUUUUUACAGCAAUGGUCAAUGAAGAGGGUGACGAAGAAGAGCCAUCAUGCUUUCAUACCAAUUUGUGCUUUUUACAUCAAAGUGGUGGUUAAAUAUCUGAGGAUAGAUCUUCUUUUUCACUGAGGUUUUCAACAAAGUACCCUUUUCCAAUCUUUUAAAGGAUCCUCAAAAGCGAAAAAGGCUGUAAAUUAAUUUUCCUGUGGUUGAAAAUGCAGUAUGGAUCCUCAUUGUGAAUCAUUCCAGUCCUUUUUUUUUUUUAAUGGAAGUAGAAGUACCUUCUUGGCUUUAGCAGGUGUGGUAAACAGGUGGCUGCCAUCUUCAUUUGUACUGUGUUUACCCUUUACUUGUUGCUAGUACAAAAUUGUUGCAGGUGGAGAAUCUUUUUCCUGGUUUUGUUCUUUUUUUUUCUUUCAAUUUUGAAUGUGUUGGACUUAACAUACAAUAAACUACUGAUAUCAGCCCCACUCACAACGUUUGUCAUGUGUACAGGUUCCUGCAUCGAAGAUAAUUGAGAGAACACGAUGCUGCUUUUGUUAAUAAGCUUUACAAAACUGAUAAGAUUAUGAAGUAUGAAGCAGCUCCUUCCUUUAGUGCUUCAAUACUUUGAAACGGUAAGGGAAAGCUUUGGUUGUGACCUGAUUGUUAUUUUGAAAGUAUUACACUUAGUAUUUCUAAUUAAAGGAACGCCCUACAGUCUUUACACUCUGCCCCUUGUAUUAAGUGUUUUGGGGCUUUUGAAAAGCUUUCUCAGGACUAGAUACAAUCUUGGUUUGGAGUUUGAAAACCACAUUUAAAGCUCAAGUUCUGUGUUACAAACAUGGUGUAGAGUUUAAAAUAUGUUUAAGAGGCAGAAAGGAAAGCAGUCGGAUUUGUAGUUUAGAUGCUUUUCAGGCUUGACUUAAGGACUAAAAGUCGAGAUGUAUUGGUUUCUUUUUACAUGUCACUGAUGUAGUGGAAAUGCGUUAUUAAAUUAUAUUGGAGUGUC